UUUUUUAAAAGAGUGCAUCCAUAAUGUUGGAGAGACGUUGCCCUGCAGUAGCUAUAGCUCUCUGAAAUCAGUGUGUAAUCAGGCCUCAAGCAACAAAUACUGGGUCAUGACGCUUUGAAUAGAGAGGGCACUAUGGUUCAACUUUCAUUAAUAAUGAUAUUGCUCAGAAGUUGAAUGGUGCUGACAUUUAUUCGGUAUUGUUCUUUUUCAUGUCUUUUGCUGUGAUUGCAAUGCAGAUGAAGUCCACGUAAAGGGAGAAGGCUUGACAAACCAGGCUUUGCAUAUCUAUUGUGUAGUUAUUCUAUUGGUUUCUGUAGACCAACCAGGACUUUGAUUAUGUUCAGAGAUUACAGUGGGGUAUUUGUUUCAAAAAGGGGCUUCCUUUACAGUUAAAUCUUGAGAUGAGAAUUUGAUGUCAAAGUAAAAAUUAUUGAAUAUGCCUUGGUUUCCAGAAAUCGCAGGUUCAGCAUUUUGUGAAACAGUACAACUGCGUAGGAGAAUAAUAGAAAGACAACAACUACCUAGGUCAGGUUGGCUAGAGGUGUUGGAGCCAUCCAAUGCAGAAUUUAUUGCAGCUUUAGCAGCUGGGAAUAAUUCUCACCAUAUUCUGCAGAUUGGUUGUGGGAUUUCAACUAUUGCAUUAGCAGCUGCUGCAAGGGCUACUGGCUCGUAUCUGCUAUCAAUUCACACUGACAAAGAAAAACAGGAAAUUAUUGACGAAUAUGUACAAUAUCUUGGUUUAGCAGGAUACGUAAAAUUUAUCACAGAUGAACCAAGAAAUGUGAUACCUCAAUAUGAUGGGGUUGAUUUUGUCUUUUUCUUAGAUCCAGGAUGUUAUGUUGAAUUAUUUGAUCUUUUGAGGCUAAAACAUGAAGCAAUUGUUGUAGCAGAUAAUGCAUUGGAUGAAACAAUGGAUGAAUAUAUAAAGCAUGUACACAGACAACCUGGAAUACAUUCUUCAACCUUGCCAAUAGGAAGAGGCUUUGAAGUUACAAAAAUAUUGUCAUGGAAUGAAUUCAACUCAGGGCGAGUCUUCUAUUGUGAAUUUGGACAAGAAAUUGAUGAAGCCAAUGGUUGCUGUAGCUCUGGGGAGGCAAUCUUGUCAGAUAGAUCGUUUUCUUCUAUUUCUCGUAUCAAGUUAAACUAUUCUAUGGGUGACAUUCUAAUGCAAAAUUCAGUGAAUAGUGAGGAAUGUGAUGUCUCUGAAGAGGGUUUUCUUUCAGUAUCCCCUUUUCAAAAUGCUGAUGAUCCCAAUGAUGCAGUGGAUGGCCAAUAUUCUCCCAACAACAAUGCUGAAGAUCCAAUACUAAACUUACCCAAACCUGAACUAGAGACGGAAGAGAGUCACGGCACCAAUGAUUUUACAGUUCAUUUUAAAAAUGGAACGUUAUAUACUGAAGUUACAAUCGAGGGACCUGAUCAGGACAUGCUUCUGUCUGACAUUACGACAGCAUUUAAUGAAAUGGGGAUAAGUGUGCAACAAGCAAGAAUUUCAACAGAAGAAAAAUCUAUUGAAGAUGUUUUCUGUGUUGUUGAAUUGGAGAGUUAUGCUCCAUUGGAUCCUUAUGUCUGGGAUACAGUGAGGGAAAGGAUGUUGGAGAGAAUCACAGCACACAGAAAAAAAUGAAGCAGACAGAGUAAGUGGUAUAACAUGUUUAUCUAUGCAUGCUUGUAUAAUUUGAUGAAUCCCAGUAGUAUGAAAAUACAUAGUGUAUGUGCAGAUCAACCUGCAAUGAAUUCAUGUAUAAUAUUUUUACUAUGCAGCUUUUAGUAUAAUUGUAACUUUUAGUGUA